AAAAGGGGGGGGGGAUGAAAACAGGAGGAAAAAAAGAGACCGAGUCCAGGCAUUAAAAAAAAAAUUAGCCCAGGCCCCAUCUUCAAAUCGCGAGGUGUCAUCCGUUAGAGAAAACGAGCGCCUGGCAAAGCGGCGGAUUGCAUAUUUAUUUAUUUACCCACACACCCCUCCCCGUAAGCGGGAGGGAGAAUUCAAGCUGAAGCCGAUGACAGGGAGAAAAGGUUGCGCCGCGCGAAGAGCUGUGCAUUUCGGGGAUAAACUGGUUGCAAGAACCGCUGCUGCCGAUCUGCCAGGGACGUGCCAGCUCGAAGGGGAGGGGAACUGACAUGUGGAGGCUGAGAGCCGAGGCGCUGCUCUGCAGGAGGGGGGUCCAACUUGUAGAUCUGAAGGAGACCAGGCAGAGCUCGCACAGGCGCCUGGCGCCGCCGCCAAAGCAAUAGGGGGAAAGGAAGGCACGGGAUCGCUCUUCCCUCUCCCGUCAUCGCCAACCCCCCCCCCACACACACACACACUUUGGGAAGGUGCCCCCCCCCCUCAUCUUCACCUCCUGUUCCAAAGAACAAGUUUGCUGAACGCAUCCGGCAAAGAUGGAGAGGCAGCCGAAAUGAAGAGGAGGGGAAGCCCAGGGCUGCUGCAAUUUGGCGUGAAUCGGACCGGCUAAGCGCGUCUCCCCGGGGAGAAUGGUGCGCCCCAUCGGAGGAGUUUGAGCCUCGGGAGGAUUUUUGAAGGGGAGGGGGAGAGAGCGCUUUCGGGAGCGAACGGAGAAGGGCUUGAAAGCCACCCACUCCAAGUGUUUUAACAAAAAAAUUGAUGGAUCGGUUCUUGACAGCUAGUGGGAAUCUUGGCUUCCCCCUCCUCCUCCCCACUUUGCCGGCCCCGCCAUCAGCUGCAGCUCCGUGCGUUUGAUGCGAGGCGCUGGAAAAAACGCAGAGGAGUUGAAGGGGAGGCGAAAGGAUAUAACGCGGAGUUGGGGAGCGACGCAGACGGCGAGGCUUCGGCUUGCGGGCUCCUGGCUGAAAUCAAAAAUCCGAUUGCGCACUGGGUUGUGAUUGGAAACCUAAUCAGGCCCUGGCAUCGGAAAAGGGGGAGCGUGAGAGCAGCGGGGGGAGAGCCCUAAAGUUGGGGCUUCGGAGAGAAGAAUCCCCCAUGUAAAGGGCGACACCUUGCCGGAGGGAGGAGGGGAGGACGGAAGGUGCCAGAGACCAUGGGAACCCCCGAUCCGACGUGGAAGCACAUGGAUUGGAUAAUGGAGAGUGCAGCAAGGAAGAAGGGGCCAGGAGAGAACCGCCUGGCGAGGAGGAGACCUGGAUCUUAGCAGGCAUCACAAAAUUGCAUUAAAACAAAACAGCAUCGCUUCAAUCAGACCAACGGCUGCUGGUGGCAGUUUGGGGGACAGAUAAGAGCUAAGCGCUUCUCUCUCCAUCCGGGCGGGAUUCAAAGGUGGCGAGUGGGGGAGAGGGGGUCAGAGGACCCGACACCGCGCAAGAAGAUCCACGCUGGAAUGAAAAGUUUAUCCCAAGGCGAAAGACUCGCUUCUUGCACCUCCGAGCGCUGCGCCCUUCCCUGAAUUCAGGCAUUGCUUUCUUGGAGCAAUCCCCCCCCCCCCCACACACACACCCCACCCCCUGAAGGAAGAAGUUGAGGCAUCCAGGGACAUUUGCAACAGCCACGUUCUUGAAAACCGGGAAGCGGAGAGAAGUGCCAUGUAAAAAAAAAAAGGGGGGGGGGCACCAGCAGGCUUGGUGUGGAUCGGAUUUCAGCCGGCCUGGACUGAACUAGAUGGAAAAUUGCAGAUGGAUAUUUAACUUCUUUUCCUUUUUUUCCUACCACCCAUUUGGAUUUGUUGCCGACAUGAUCUAGUUUAGCCUUGGCGAUUUUCUUCUCUUUCUCUCUCCACCCCCCCACCCCCCACCCCUUUCCUCUCCCUUUCGGCAUUUCAUUCUGGAUAUUCAGCUUCGAAGCGAUUUCAAAACACAACUGAGACUAUGAAGAAAGACUGGCAGUUUGUAACAAGAGGAUUCGAUCCAAUCUUGCUAGGUCCAAGAAAGAGUUCCCUUGUGUAUCUGACUUGAGUAAAUAGCCUUACUUCUAGAACGUCUACUUCAAUGGCAAGGAAGGAGGAAGGGCAGAAGAUGGACUAGGUAUUCUGACUAUUGGAGCUCCUGAAGGACCAACACCAAACAAAUUAUGAAUGUUGAACAAGAUGACCUUACAUCCACAGCAGAUAAUGAUAGGUCCUAGGUUUAACAGGGCCCUAUUUGACCCCUUGCUUGUGGUGCUACUGGCUCUUCAACUUCUUGUGGUGGCUGGUUUGGUUAGAGCACAGACUUGUCCUUCUGUCUGUUCCUGUAGUAACCAAUUCAGCAAAGUAAUUUGUGUGAGGAAGAAUCUGAGAGAGGUCCCUGAUGCCAUCUCUACCAAUACACGGUUAUUGAAUCUCCAUGAGAACCAAAUCCAAAUCAUUAAGGUGAAUAGUUUCAAACACCUGAGGCAUCUAGAAGUCUUACAGUUGAGCAGGAAUCACAUUAGAACAAUAGAAAUAGGGGCUUUCAAUGGUCUGGCUAAUCUCAAUACUUUGGAACUCUUUGACAAUCGUCUUAGCACCAUUCCAAAUGGAGCUUUUGUAUACCUGUCAAAACUAAAGGAACUUUGGUUGCGGAACAACCCCAUUGAGAGUAUCCCUUCUUAUGCUUUUAAUAGAAUCCCUUCUCUGCGAAGGUUGGAUUUGGGGGAAUUAAAAAGGCUUUCAUAUAUCUCAGAAGGUGCCUUUGAAGGUCUUUCCAAUUUGAGGUAUUUGAACCUUGCUAUGUGUAACCUUCGGGAGAUCCCUAACCUCACACCACUUGUAAAACUGGAUGAGCUAGAUCUUUCUGGGAACCACUUAACUUCUAUCAAGCCAGGGUCCUUUCAAGGGUUAAUGCACCUUCAAAAACUGUGGCUGAUCCAAUCCCAGAUUCAAGUGAUUGAAAGGAAUGCCUUUGAUAACCUUCAGUCGCUGGUAGAGAUCAACCUGGCUCAUAACAAUCUAACACUGCUGCCUCACGACCUCUUCACACCUCUCCGUCUAGAAAGGAUUCAUCUGCAUCACAACCCUUGGAACUGCAACUGUGAUAUCCUGUGGCUCAGCUGGUGGAUUAAAGACAAAGCACCCUCCAACACUGCAUGCUGUGCCCGUUGCAACACACCUCCUAGCUUGAAAGGAAGAUACAUCGGUGAGCUGGACCUGAAUUACUUUACGUGCUAUGCUCCUGUAAUUGUGGAACCUCCAACAGACCUCAACGUCACUGAAGGCAUGGCUGCGGAGCUGAAAUGCCGAGCAUCAACAUCCUUGACCUCUAUAUCUUGGAUUACUCCUAAUGGGUCUGUUAUAACACAUGGGGCUUAUAGGGUUCGGAUUUCUGUGCUGAGUGAUGGCACAUUAAAUUUUACGAGGGUGACUGCGCAAGACACAGGCUUGUAUACGUGCUUGGUGAGUAACUCUGUUGGGAAUACCACAGCUUCUGCCACACUCAAUGUAACUGCACAGGAGUGUAUUACAUACUUUUCAACCAUCACAGUAGAAACUGUGGAACCUUCUCAGGAUGAGGCACGGACCACAGAGCAGGUUUGGCCCACACCAUUCAUUGAAUGGGAAACCACCAAUGCAACAACCUCUCUCACACCACAGAGCACAAGGUCAACAGAAAAAACAUUCACCAUCCCUGUGACAGAUUCAAGCAAUGGGAUUCCAGGAAUAGAUGAAGUUAUGAAGACUACCAAAAUCAUAAUUGGUUGUUUUGUGGCAAUCACUCUCAUGGCAGCAGUGAUGUUGGUCAUUUUCUACAAAAUGAGAAAACAGCAUCACCGACAAAAUCACCACGCUCCAACACGAACAGUAGAGAUCAUUAAUGUGGAAGAUGAGCUUACAGGUGAUACACCUAUAGAAAGUCAUUUGCCCAUGCCAGCUAUAGAGCAUGAGCACCUAAAUCACUAUAACUCUUAUAAAUCUCCUUUCAACCACACAACAACAGUUAACACAAUAAAUUCAAUACACAGUUCAGUGCAUGAACCAUUAUUGAUCCGAAUGAAUUCAAAAGACAAUGUGCAAGAGACUCAGAUUUAAAACAUUUACAAAUUUAAAGGGGGAAUUUAAAACAAAAAGACAGUUUAUUAAAAAUGACACAAAUGACUGGGCUAAAUCUACUGUUUCAAAAAAGUGUCUUUACAAAAAAAAUUAUUUAUUAAAAAUUCUAUUGUGUGCGAAAGCAGACAAAAUUAUGUGUAUUCCUCAGAACCUCUUUUUGCUGCACUUAUUUACCCUACUUCUUUCCUGACCCUUCUUCUUCCCCUGUCCUAACCCUAUUUGCCAUAUUUUUUUCAUAGGACAACUUGAUUCUCUAAAGAACUGGUCUAGGAAUUUUUGUAAGAAUUCUGUUAAUGCUUUGGGAAUUUUUAUGGUGAAUUCUAGUGGUGAGAUUCGGUCUAUUUUGUCUUUUUCAUUUCACUUUCUUCUCAUGCCCUUUUUGAAAUGGUUCAACAGGGAAAUGGAUGUUAGCAGUAGGUUCAUAAGAACAAUCAAGAAACAGCAACAAAAAUAACAAAACUUUUAUUUUAUUUUUUUUCACAUAAUGACCUGUUCUGUAUUUUCUGGAAGGACCAUUCUGUGGAAGAAGAAACAAAAAUCCAAGAAAUUAAUUUUCAUGUGAGCAUCUAUAAAACCCAUGAUCUUUUAAACAAUUCUAGAACCAGGAUUUGUAGUUCAAUCACUAAAACUAAGAUUAUGAAUAAAAUAUUGUUGGUUUUUUUCUGUA